UGAUUGCUAGGCAUGUGAGCACUGAGGCUGCAGCGGCGGCCAGCCAUUCCUGUUCCUGUUCCUGUUCCUGCUUCCCCUUCGCGUUCACUGUUCAGCUGGCAGGGUUCAAGAAAAGCCUUCCAAAGAACGCCCUGGUCGACGUUGCAACGUUAGCAAGUUGGUUGAAUGCCCGGAUUUCUGUGGAUGCUUUAGAUGUAUUUGGCGAGCACUUAUUCAAGAGGCUAUGCUCCUGGCAAGCUCUGACUAUCUUGAGAAUCAGCUACCGCAAGCUGUAGCGUUAGUUUUGGGUCGGGACAACAUAUUAAUCUCAGAAGGACUGCAACCCCAUGAGAGUGGCUGGCUGGAACUUGUGUAAGAUGGCAGGCUUUGAAGCAAGUAGAGGACACCAUGAAAGGCGCGCAAGAGGAUACUCUAUACGACCGCCUUCUUUGUGAUAGCAAUCUGAGACCGUUGUUGCAGAACUUGAAAGUGAGUGGGGUUUGCUCGAAUCCAGCGUGAAGGAGUUGGGUUUACAACGUUGAAGGACAGCCAGGCAAGGAGCCAGCUGUGCAAUGACCAGACCACAGUCGGCAUCAACCCGCAGUCAGCAUCCGACUGCUUGUAUUGAAUGCGAAGAUGAGCUUGCCACUUCUUGGUGCGAGGAGUGUCGCACAAGCUUCUGUGAGGAAUGCGACCUCCAUCAGCACCAUCCAAAAAGCUUGCGCCGAGAGCAUGUCAGGACGCCAAUCAGUCCUCCGGAACCCCCGGCCGCGGCGGCAUCAAGAGCCGGCUUGCUCUCAAAGGCGUUUGCGACAGAGGAAACGGCCUGGAGUGCAGAGGGUGACGAAGAUUCAGCAGAGGACGGACCUGCAGAUAGUGGUCUCACUUCUGCUAACCAGGGGGCUUUCAGUUCUGGUGGGAAGUUGGAGAGUGGGAGCAGCCACCAUGCGCUCAAGUCGAAACGGAAGCACAAGAAGAAGCGGGGGAAAAGUAGGGGUCACUCAAAGGACAGAGUGGAGGGUGGGGGAGUUGAAGCGGAAGGGCAUGAAGAUGGAAGGGCUGAGCCCAGCCCUACCAAGGGGCUGGAUUGUCAGGUUAGAAAGGAGAAGGACGGGGAUUCCGGAGGAAGCUCAUCCGUCGAGCACUUGAGGGAACGCCCGGUCUGGAAGAAGCGCAAGUCGUCCCUGAAGGGCAGCCAUGAAGCGGCCGGAGAGGGGCCCCGGCAGUCUCUGCACGUGCACUGGUCGCCCGACGUCAAGGACCACAGGGCAGAGGAUCACUCGCCCUCAUAUGGCAGCCCCCGCCGCUUCGUCCCGUUCAUCAGCAACCGCCGCAAAAAGUAUGCGGAAAAGCACCACAAGAAGCAUCACAAGGGAGCGGCAGAGCAUGCCGACAAGCGGGGCAAGGGCAAGGGGCGGAAGAGCCAUGAAGCGCCAAGGUCACCAGGAGCAAAGAAGGCCCACCUGGAAAGUGCUCCCGCCACCGGCCUCAGCGACGCCUCUGAGAGCGCAGAUUCGGACGCGUUUAGCCCAGUCUGGCCAAGGGACUCCAGCGACAAGUCGGAGGGCACGAGCGAUGACUCCAGCUUCGAGGACAAGAUGGAGCCCCGACAUCGUGUUCCGGACGUCCAGCUCAAGCUGCCAGAAGCCCGAAGCGGAAGAGGGUCCGAAGUCGAGAACGAAGAGAUCCCGGGGGGGUCUGGUAAGGAGCAGGGGGCUAGAACGGGUUCGGAAGCUGGGUUGAAGAUGUCGGAGGAGGUUUCGGUGCUGAAGAGGGAGGGCGCCGCGCUGAAAGCGGUGCCGUUUGGAGAGAUUGUGAGCAGCAGCGGGGCGGAGGACACAGCGGAAGAAUCGGCGACGGAGGACGAUUCAAUGGCGGGGGGGAUGGAUCUCGACUCGUCGGAGACCGAGAUGCUGGCCGGCGGUGCCAAGGAGCAGCCCCCCGGACGCUCCUGGAAGUGGUUUGAGAGAUUCAUGGGGAAGAAGAAGUCGGAUGCGCCGGAGAGCAAGGGGCCUGCUCAGGAGAGGGAAAAAGCUGCGCGGUCAACAAAGGGGCCUGCGAAGAAGGGCUUGGUAGACGAAAGAGGAGGGGUGGGUUCUGUUCCAGCGGUGGAGAAGAGCCCGUUGGGUUUGAUCCGCAACUCGAAUAGCAGAGCGGAGUUCGGCGCUGCACCGCAGUACAGCAGGACCGCGCCUGCAAAAGCUCCGGCGGGAGACGCUCCGAAUGAAUUGAGGGUGGGAAAUGAUUCGGGCGAACUGGAGAACGCCCGCGGUCGGAUGGAGUCUGCGGCGAGGCUGGCACAGGGUGGCGACACUGUAAAAGCUGUGUGCGAGUACGAGGCUGCUAUUCGCUUAUUCCGGUCUCAGUAUAGCGCAGCCGGUCGCCAGGCGCUGCAAGGGGAGGCGCAAGCGUGGGAAAAGAUCGCCGCCCUACAGAAACGGGAAGACAACGGCGCGGCGGCAGGACGGGGUUACUUGGCUGCCGCGCGGGUGUAUCAGAGGUUGGGUAUGGAGCCGGAAAUGGGGGCGUGUCUGCAGCAGGCACGUGAGCUGCAAAAGGGGGGGAGCAGUGACGAAGAAGCGGCGGAGGAGGGGCCUAAAGCACAGGCAGAGGCGACCGUCGCUAGAAAGGGAGAAAAGGAUUCGAACGAAAAGCAGGGGAUGCUAACAAAGAGCGCGGACGACGAUUCGACGAGGGGAACACGCGAAUUUGGGAACGGUAACACUAGCGUAGAGCAGGACAAGGUGUUUCCAGCACAGGGCAGUACAGUAGCAGUGAACAGUAGCCCGCAACCUGUACAGAGCAGUAACAAGCAGGACUUAGCGCAGGGUCUAGUGUACAAUAACGAGGGGGCCAAGGGGGCCAGCGGCAAGAGGGGGCCCAAGAAGAAGGGGAAGGGCGCGGCCAGUAAGGGCACAUCUGAAGUCGGUGUAGCCAAGACGGCACCUGGAGAGGGGUCUGACGACAAAGUGCAGGCCGAAACGGUGCAAUCGGGACCGGUAGUCAUUUCAGGCACGCCGGUGAGGAGAGGAGACUCAGGCGGAAGUUUUGCGGGGAGCGGGGCCGUCGCUGCCAGCCAGGUUGACACCACUGCGUCAAUCGCAAGGAGCCGCAAGUCUGGGGCGGCGGCAGUGGCGUCAGGCGACGCGGACAAAGGGAAGGCGCUUCUGGUCGGGGCGUUGGUAGCGGCUCGGAAGGGGGGCGUGAAAGCGGAGGAGGCGCGCUGCCUGCGCCUGCUGGCGGAUUCCCAGGCCACCGAGGAACAGCGCGUGCGGACGCUCGAGCAGGCGGUGCAGGGGAUGCGGGACUCGGGCCUGCGGCUGGAGGAGGCUGAAGCGCUGUACCGGUUGGCUGACACCAAGCUGACGCAGUACCUCGGAAACAAGGCUGCAAUCCAGGCGGCGGUGUCGGGCGUGCCGGGGAAAGAAGACGUGGCGCUGGUAGAGAGCGCCCGGAAGAGCCUGCUGGCAGCCGCUCAGAUCUUGCAGGUGGCUGAUCUGUGGAAGGGGCCGGAAACGGUUUCGGAACGACCCGCCCGCGAGAUACUGAGCCCGACGCGCACGAACCGGCCGGAGGUGGUGACUCUUCCGGCGAGAGGGAAGUUUGCCGCGAGGAACGGAAGGGGUGGGGAGAAUGCGGAGAACGGUGUCACCUUUGGAACGAAGGGGGCGUCUGAAGGGGUUCCGGUCAGAGUGGGAGGCCCGGGCUUGAACGGACGGAAUGCGGAUGAGGUGCGCGUUUUGAGGGAGCUGUACGGGCUGGUCUGCCAGGGUGUCGGGAAGGCUUCCAUUCUGCUGGGGCAGAUGGGCGCAGCAAAAGAGAACUUCCAGGAGGCGCUUUCGAACGUCGAAUGGACGUCCAAGUAUGGGGAUGAAGCUAAAAGGGUGCGGGACAUUAUGGGCAGGCUUCCGCGCUGACGGCCGUGAAAAAAGGUGUACAGGUCUUGGUUUUACAACUAAAAGCUUGAGACGACUAGUCGGAGCAGCGUGUCACUUCGAGACGCGUUUUGUAGGUUAGGAGCUCUGGCUAACGAGAGACUUUGUCAACCUAUUGUGGUUUGAAGAAUAAGGGAUCGAAGCAUUUAGGAGCUUCUUUGUAAGUUCCUUAACGCGUUGGCUGAAAGUCCUGCCUUCUGCUUUCAAAACGAGGAUGCCUGACACAGCAGCAUGAAUCGGG